AGAAGUGAGAACCCAUCAUAUAAUCGUCUCAAAAGCACAAAAAUGGCGAAGCAAAAGAUUGUGGUGAAGGUGACGAUGAAGAACCACAAGUCGCCUCGCAAGGCUUUGCAGAUCGUCGUCAGUGUCUCCAGGGUGGUGGAUUCAGUGACUUUAGUGGAUAAACAACAGAUAGUAGUGAUCGGAGAACGAAUCGACUCGGUUCAACUAACGUGCUUGUUAAGAAAACGCGUAGGGCACGCGGAACUCGUCAGUGUUGGUCCGGUAGAGGAGAAGAAACCGCCCAAACCUCCCUCCACCACCACCGCCACCGCCACCAGUCAAAAGGAGCCAAAGCAAACAGUGUGGUGUGAAUGCGUUUGUCGUGAACACCACUGCUGGCAAGCCUGGCCGKUGCAGGUUGUCCAUGAAGUCCCUUCCAAUACUUGCAGCAUCUUGUGAGAUAUCCAUCAAUGGAAACAAGGUGUGAUWGAAAAUUGAAGAAAAGUUAAUUUUGAAUUUUCUUUUGAUUUGAUUCCUUUUUUGGAAAAUCUUGCAUGCAAUAAAU